AUGAAGGAAAAGUUUGACAAAUAUUGGAGUGGCAUGCAUAGAAUUCUAGUUGUUGCAACUAUAUUAGAUCCGAGAUACAAGAUGAAACUAGUUGAAUACCAUUUCCCUCUGAUCUUUGGAGAUGAAGCUCAGGUAGAGGUUGAAAAGGUUAAAGCAUUUUGUCAUAAAUUGCUCAAAGAGUACAAGAGACCAAGGCAUUCGACAGAAAAUACAUCUCACUCUUCAUUAUCUUCGCAAGCAGAGUCGUCUACUACUGUUGGAAAGCAUUCUCGCAUAGCUGGUUUUGAUAAAUUUGUUAGUAAUUCUGUUACCGCUGAUCAUGAAAGAACAUCUAUGAGGGGUUUGAGAAUGGCGGAGAAAGGAGGCUUUGUUACAUGGAUGGUAAUGGAGGUUAUUGCGUCGACACAUAUGAAACGGAAGCAGUAG